UACAGUUACAGCAACUACCAGAGUUUAUUUAUGCAAAAGAACAUCCAGUAACCUCUCAAACGGGUCAAGUUCAGAAUCAGAAGCCUUUAGACCGAGAAACCGGGUGAGAAAGAUAAGAAUCUAUCAUUGUUCAUCAUUGUAACUCUAAAAUAUCACCAAAUUCCAAAGUUUUGCUUUCUCAUUGCUUCAUCCUCAUUAAUUUCAAUUCCAUUAGCUGCUGUUCUCCUCAAAUUUCCCAAAAUUCUUCUUCAUUUUUUACAAUAAUUUUGCCAGGUAUGUCGUUAAAAGGGUUGAUUGAACAUUUUAAUUUUAUACAUGUGCUUUUGGUCCUUAAUUUGAGAUGGCACUCUGAUCGAAGGACCAAGAAUUGGAAUUUUUUUUUAGUUUUAGAAAUUUGCAGCUUUUUUCCACCAAUAUUUUGAGAGCUAACUGUGUACGUAAACGUCAAAUUAGAGUUUUGCACUGAAGAAUUUAGGGGUGUUCAUAUGAGAAUUUCGACUGCCGAAACAAAAGAAAGUCGGUCGGUCAGUUUGGUCGGUUUGAAUAUACGCGGUUAGAUGGCACUUGGAACCCGCUUUAAUAUAUACACAUAGACCGGUUAUUGUACAAAUUGUCUUAACGUACGCUGUGUACGAGAUGCAGUACUAACAUGCGAUUUUUUUAACAUGCGAUUUUGGUUUUUUUUCAGCAACAUGCGAUUUUUCUUUUAACAUUCGAAUUUUUUUUUUUUUAACAUGCGUAUUUUUUUUUAACAUGCGAUAUUUGGUUUUUUUUUUCAACACGGGAGCUUUCCUCUCUGGGGAUAUAACAUGCAAAUUUGCCAUAGCGUACAUUUCGAACGUUAAGAUCAAUAUAAAUGUCAUUUCGCAGCCUCAUUCGCGAUCUAAGAGAUGGAAUUGGGAGUUUAUCUAGACGCGGGUUUGAAGUAAAACUUUCUAGUCUUAACAAAAGUAAAUCACAGAAUUAUGCUGAUAAGUUGGACAGACACGAUCACCCGUAUUUUGAAUCUUGUAGCGGUUGGGCAAAUCUCCCGUCUGAACUGUUAAGUGAUGUGAUAAAGAGAUUAGAAGCGAGUGAAAGUACAUGGCCCGCGCGAAAAAAUGUUGUUGCGUGUGCAGCAGUGUGUAGAUCAUGGAGGGAAAUGUGCAAAGAAAUCGUUGAUUCCACGGAAUCUUCAGGGAAGAUUACAUUUCCGGUCGCUUUGAAACAGCCAGGGCCUCGGGAUACCACGAUUCAGUGCUUCAUUAAGAGGGAUACAUCGAAUUUGACUUAUUAUCUUUAUCUUUGUCUUGGCAGUGCGUUGAUGGUCGAAAACGGUAAAUUUCUACUUUCUGCGAAACGAAAGUGGAGAAGUACAUGUACAGAGUAUAUCAUUUCAAUGGCUGCAAAUAACAUAUCAAGAUCAAACGGCAGUUACUUUGGAAAAGUCAGAUCAAAUUUUCUCGGUACAAAGUUCAUAAUCUACGACUCCCAGCCGCCACAAACUGCCACAGCCCCUCCAGUCAGGUCAGGCUCUAGUCGUCGGUUUUCUAAACGAGUUUCGCCAAAGGUUCCAUCAGGAAGCUUUAACAUAGCCAAAGUUGCAUACGAGUUAAACGUAUUGGGAAAACAUGGUCCGCGUAGGAUGCACUGCAUAAUGCACACGAUCCCCAUCUCCGCCCUAGAGCCUGGUGGCACCAACCACCUCGUUCCACGAUCAUUUGACAACUCAUUUCGUAGCAUCUCAUUCUCCAAAUCGGUUGAUGACCCAAGUGAGUUUGGUAGCUCCAGAUUUUCAGACAUUGCAGGAAAUGGUGACCGUCCGAAAAGCAUGCCUUUGGUUCUGAGAAGCAAAGAGCCGCGGUGGCAUGAAGAGUUGCAAUGUUGGUGUCUUAACUUCAAAGGACGGGUAACGGUGGCGUCUGUGAAGAACUUCCAGCUUACUGCCGCCACCACCCGUCCGCGCAGGCCACAAACCGCGGAAGCCCCUUCGGAAUCUGGUCAUGAUGAUGUGAUCUUGCAAUUUGGUAAAGUUGGAAAAGACAUUUUUACAAUGGAUUAUAUGCACCCAUUAUCUGCAUUUCAAGCUUUUGCCAUAUGCUUGAGCAGCUUUGACACAAAAGUGGCUUGUGAAUGAAAAAGGGGCUUCACUAUUACGUCUAUGUGUUGUAUAUAUAUAUUAUUAUUAUACUUAAUUUGUAAGUAUUUCGUUUUUUUAGUUUUGAUUGAAAUAUUUCAUCUGUUUGUACUUUGUAGAAAUUCAUUAAGACCAAAGAAAUAUAUAAUCUCAACUUUAAGGAA